AGAUGCACAGUAGCUUAUUAGCCCAACUAGCGUUGCUGCUGCUGCUGCUGCUAAUCAGCAGCUGCAAUCUCUCAGCAGGAGCCGAGCAGGAGCUGCCGCCACUGCCAACAGCAGCGCCCAAGCCAGGACGUUAUCUGCACGAGCUGCACGGCGCCAACAGCUGGUAUACGCCGGACUACAGCGGCAAGUACAGACAUGAGCCCAGACCUUACGACGGCGGCUACGGAGAUCGCGGAGAGCCAUAUGCCAACGACUUGCGCGGUAUCUUCAGGCAGGCCGAGGCGCAGCUGGCCGCCAGCGUGCAGGCAGCCGAAGAGAACUUCUCGCUGGGUCCACGCGAUCAUCUGCGCUUCAUGAUUGACUUCAACUACAAUGGCACGGGCUGGCAGAUCAUACAGUUUGAAUGGCUGCGCGAUGGCGAUGGCAGCAAUGAGGCAGAGCAGAUGUACAACUAUGUGAACGAGAAUAGACUUUGGGAAACAACACAGCAGCAGCCGCAGCAGCACGCCUAUGAAUAUGCGAAGCCGACAGCAGCAACUGCUGUUGAUUGCGAACCGGAGCAACAUGGACAUUAUGAGCUUGAAGAGCAACAGCUAAGAGCUGAAAAGGAUCCCAUGAAAGUGCAGCAGACGUUGAAUGAAGUGCUCGAGUAUAUACAGCAAAGCAUUCUGCCCACGCUCAAUUAAGCAGCUGCAAUUUGAAUCUGUCGAGAUUACCUUUAAGGUCUUUGUAUGUUUAAUUUGAAAUAAAUGCAAUCCAUU